GCGUAGAAACAAAAAUAUGGCUCUCAUGACGACCCCUGCUUCUCUCUCCUCCUUCAGUCCCCUCCUCAACCUCCAUUCCCGCCACCGCCAACAGUCCUCCGUCCGCCGGAGAUUAACCAUCUCUGCCGUCCACGCGGCGGUACCCGCGUCAUGGAGCCUGGAGAGCUGGAGGCACAAGAAAGCCCUGCAGCUGCCCGAGUACCCGGACCCCAUCGAGCUCGUUUCCGUCCUCAAGACCCUCGAGUCCUUCCCUCCGAUUGUCUUCGCUGGCGAAGCCAGGAGCUUGGAGAAGAAGCUGGGGCAGGCGGCCACAGGGAACGCGUUCUUGCUGCAGGGAGGAGACUGUGCGGAGAGCUUCAAGGAGUUCAAUGCCAACAACAUUCGUGACACCUUCCGUGUACUUCUCCAAAUGAGUGUUGUCCUCAUGUUUGGCGGACAAAUGCCUGUUGUCAAGGUGGGAAGAAUGGCGGGGCAGUUUGCGAAGCCAAGAUCAGACCCAUUCGAGGAGAAAGACGGAGCAAAGCUGCCCAGUUACAGAGGGGACAACAUUAAUGCGGAUUCUUUUGAUGAGAAAUCAAGGGUCCCUGAUCCCCAGAGGAUGAUUCGGGCUUACCUCCAAUCAGUAUCUACUCUGAACCUUCUGAGGGCUUUUGCCACGGGAGGUUAUGCCGCCAUGCAGAGGGUCACUCAUUGGAACUUGGACUUCACAGAGCACAGCGAGCAAGGCGAUAAGUACCGGGAACUGGCUCAUCGGGUGGACGAGGCCUUGGGCUUCAUGGCAGCUGCCGGUCUGACCGUUGACCACCCGAUCAUGACGAAAACCGAUUUCUACACCUCCCAUGAGUGCCUUCUCUUGCCCUAUGAACAAGCUCUUACGAGGGAGGAUUCGACCUCAGGGCUCUAUUACGACUGCUCUGCUCACAUGCUCUGGGUUGGGGAGCGUACACGACAGCUCGAUGGGGCUCACGUUGAGUUUCUCCGUGGAGUUGCCAAUCCUCUAGGCAUCAAGGUCAGUGACAAGAUGGACCCAAAUGAGCUAGUGAAGCUCAUUGAGAUUUUAAACCCAAAGAAUAAGCCUGGAAGGAUAACAGUGAUUGUAAGGAUGGGGGCAGACAACCUGAGGGUAAAGCUUCCUCAUCUGAUAAGAGCUGUUCGAGGAGCCGGACAAAUUGUGACUUGGGUCAGCGACCCCAUGCAUGGGAACACCACUAAAGCUCCUUGUGGGCUCAAGACUCGCUCCUUUGAUGCAAUCAGGGCUGAGGUGAGAGCAUUCUUUGACGUGCAUGAUCAAGAGGGAAGCUACCCGGGCGGAGUGCACUUGGAGAUGACUGGGCAAAAUGUGACGGAGUGUGUGGGAGGAUCCCGAACCAUCACAUACAACGACCUAAGCUCACGUUACCACACUCACUGUGAUCCCAGGCUCAACGCUUCCCAGUCCCUCGAGCUCGCCUUCAUCAUCGCGGAGCGACUGCGGAAGAGAAGGCUUGCUUCGCCUUAAAAGGUCAAGCGUGAGUUUCACGCUGGUUUAUAUAUAUAUAUAUACAUAUAUAUAUAUAUGGAAUGAAAAUUCAGGUUUUGGCUUGUGGAUUUUGAUUAGGUUCUCAAGAUCCUGUGCUGUGAAUCGCACUUGAACUCCUUACCACACUGUUUGCACUGCCCCAGUAGUGAUGAGCAGGAAAUCGCACUACGGUCACAACGUGAUUUCCUUUAUAUGUAAAUAUAGAAAAUAAGUAAGAGUUUGUGCAUAGCGGUCUAUUUUUUCGAGUUUCCGGGAGCUUUGAUUGUCUCUUAGGGUGACUUUCGGCUGAGUGAUCAACAAAUUUUGCUGAUCGCCUUAAAAAUUAUCAUGGCUCUUGAAUGACCCGAAACUUGCCAUCAUCGUUAUGUAAUCGUCUCUUAAUGUGAUCAUAGGACGUCCACUUCUAUGCAGUUACAGGAAUUGAACUUUGAUCAUAGUA